AUGGCGGCUGAAUCAAAAACAAGAUUUGACAAGCAGAGUACGAUAUCUUUCACCUUGCCCAUUUCGUGUCAAAUUUGUCUUGGAAAGGUUAAGCAGCCAGUUUUAUGCCCCAAUAAUCAUGUAUUUUGUGGUAGUUGUAUGGAGGUUUGGUUGAGUAGAAAUCAGCAAUGCCCCUCUUGUAGGGUGGAUAUCAAUCCAGGCAAUCCAAUUCAACAAAUCAGAGGUGGUUUAAAUCAUUUUGAUGAGGAAAAUGAAAGAUUGAACACCAACCCACAGAUGAGGAAAGCUCGGUUUGAAUUGUUGUAUAAAGAGUAUGAGGAUGAAUUUGAAAGACUUGAAGCAGAAAUUCAAAUAUUAAAGUCAGAAAAUGAUGUAUUGAGGAGUCAAGUUAAGAGAGAAAAUGGUUAUGAUAAAUCUAAAGAAUUCACUCAUCCAAGUUCUGUUGAUGGGGGACAAGUUUUGGCUUUAACUCGUAAACUACAAGAUGCACAGAAACAAUAUGACAGACUUAAACAGGAGGCAAAUCGAAAUAAACAGGAAAAUAAUGAAUUAAAAGAUGAAAAUGUUAAUUUAAACAGAGAAAAUGAAAGACUCAGACUUGAAAUUGUCAGUAGAUCCCCUCACAGGUAUGGUAGAUUCACUGUUGCCACCCUGGAAUCGAAGGUUGAGGGGUAUGAGAAAGAGAUUAAACAGCUGAACAAAGCUUUAGAAAGAAGUGAUAAGUAUAUAGAAGACUUACAGAAACAACUGGAACUCUAUGGUCAUAAACAGCCAACAGACAAACCCAAAUUAUCCAAAGACUACAGUGAUUUUAAUGGAUCAAUCCUAGACACGAAAUCAGAAGUUGAUGCUUCCAAAAGACGCUUAUUCACUGGUGAUGGUAAUUUCAGUCAAAAAAGUGCCUAUGAUAAAACAGACCCUGUACAAUUUGCUCUGGAUUUGUAUAGAAACAGUACUAAGAGCAUCAAUAGUGAAAAUGAUGUUGCAACAGCUAGCCAAAUCAAAGACAAGGCAUAUCCUAAUCCUGAAUCACCUGGUCAGAGAAAGUGGAAGAAGUCAGCACUAUCAGGAAACUCGCCACAGAAAGACAGAACUCCUAAAAAGGUUCAAUUUGAUUUGAAAAAGGAAAAUGAUUCAGCAUCAUCAUUUGAUCUAGAUAGACCAAGUCCAUUAACUCCGUCCACGUACAUGGGAAAACUGUCUCUUUUAGACAAAAAAUCUCCUUCAUCAGCUAGAAAAAAUCUAAAUUUUGCUGAAUUUGACCGAACAAGUUCUUCCAAGUCAGCAAGAAACCUGGAAUUAGGGUCUCAAGAAAGUUUGGACGACACUGGUCAAAUUAAAUCCGAGUUGGAUGAGCUGAACAUAUCAAUGACUCCUGAGUUAUCAGAUUGUAUGAAGCUGAUGAAUAGAGCCGAAAAGAAUGUGCAUGUUAGCAAAUACAACGAGGAAUCUGUUAAAUCGAAAGGUAUUGCCAAUUUUGUAGCUCCUGUUGGUUCUUUGGUUCCUGGCAUGACUUUCAAUACCAUUAUGAAUGAAUAUCCUCUAAGCGUUUAUCACCUUUCUUGUAACAAUGAUGUUUCUUUGUCUGAAAAUCAGGCACCAGAAUCAAGACAUUCUGUGUCUUUGAGUUCUUCUAACCCCAACUAUCUUUCCAGCACUACUGCACAAAAUGAUAACUAUCAGAACCAAAAUUUUAGAAAUGAUGGGUCACGUCACAUGCAAAUUAAUAGAGAUGCUCAAAUUGGUCAGGUUCAUCUCUCUGCUUCGUCAAGCUCUUUUCCUUUCAAUCCUCCCUUGGGAAGCAGGUCACACCCCAUCACUAGCCACUUAACCUCUCAACAGCCAUCUUAUCAUUCCUUGCCUUUGUCUUCCUCCAUGAUGCUUGCUUAUUCACAAUCUAAUAACACACCCCUAGUCUCCCAAUCUAAUAUACCACCCCUAUCAAAUAAGCAGACGGACAUAAAUCAAAAUUUUUCGACUUUGGGAUUGUCAGACAUGGUUAGACGUGGCCAAGAUAUUUUGAAAACGAUGGAUUUGAAGCACAAUGAUGUUCGAUCUUUGACACCAGUAGUUUCAGCACAACCCCAUUCUUCUUACACAUCCAGUGUGAGCCAAUUUCAACCAAUAUUAAGCACCAGAGCAGAAACCAAAUCCAAUUUUUAUGAUGCUUUGAUAUCUAAAAGUAAAGUCAUAAAUGGAAUAGAAGCACCCAAUUUUACAAAGGGGAAUAACUUUGCAAAUUUGCCAAAAUUUGAUAUCCCACAAUCUCUUAUCAUUCCAUCACCAAACUUGAGUGCUGAAUUUGCAGCAGAUAAACAAUCUAAUGGGUCUCAACCAAAACCUCAAAAUGGUACUCUCCAUUAUCAAUCAAAACCCAGUGUAGACUGUCAAUCAAAGAAUGUACCUCCCCCUUCUCUACCAUCAUAUCAAUCAUCCAAUCAAAAUUUAGCAUUGGCUAAUGGUUUUUCAAAAUCAUUGCAUCUGUCUGCUGCCAAGCCACCUGCUUCCAUCCCUCCCACCACCAUUUCAUCUCAUUUCUUCUCAUCCACAGGUUUCUCCAGUUCUGAUUCUCUUCCGUCCACAAAUCCUGAAAGUCAUGCCAGUACCUCCCAGCAACAACCACAAAAACCUACAGAGCUAUUCCAAAAUAGCAGCCAAAUGAACGGAAAUCAGCAGCAGACAUCGAAGUCUGCAAAGGGAGAUAACUCCAUGAACAGUCUGGAUUUUUCUGGAACUGGAAACAGUGAUUCAUUUAGAUUGGAAGCACCAACUGGUAACUAUAGUUACGUUUCCAAUGACUUGUCAUCACGAGGGUCAGACUCUUUUCUCCCUGAACCCAAAAAGCGUUUAUUUCAAACAGACGAUAGUUUGGAUAUUUCAAUGAGUCCAAUCAAAACUUCCAGGCAUUAUUGA